AUGAUAGGUAGAAAAGAAUACUGUGCUUCAGGACAGAUACCGAUGACCAACCUGAGCUGCCUUGCCUACAUACUAGAAGAAUGGACUGUUCUGGAGUACCUGAAGAAAUACUUCCUUCAUGUGAUCAUUAUCUCACUGACAAUUUGUGCAAUAUUAGUUUUUUUUAUAGUUCCUUUAACAAUCCUCUUUUUCAUUUACCUCAGUAAUAUUUUGCUUCUAAUGUAUCAGAGGAACAGUGAGGUAAAAGCAGAUCCCUUGAGUGACGUUUGGGAUAGUGCAAGGAAAACUAUAGCAAACUUUUGGGAUAUAUAUGCACGAGUAUGGCAUGGUUAUGAGCUGCAUGGUGUGAAAAACCUACCAGAAGGACCAGCCAUUCUUGUGUAUUACCAUGGAGCUAUUCCUGUAGACUACCUUUACUUUUUGUCUAGGCUGUUUCUCUGGAAGAAAAGACUUUGUCUGUCAGUAGCUGAUCAUUUUGUCUUUCGUUUGCCAGGACUUAAAUUAUUACUGGAGGUGACGGGUGUUAUACCAGGUACAAGGGAGGAGUGCCUAGGUGCACUGAAGAAUGGAUACUUGGUGUCCAUCUCACCAGGUGGAGUUAGAGAAGCUCUGUUCAGUGAUGAAAGUUAUCAGCUAAUCUGGGGAAAUCGAAAAGGCUUUGCUCAGGUUGCUCUAGAAGCAAAAGUGCCCAUCAUUCCAAUGUAUACUCAAAAUGUCCGGGAAGGAUAUAGGAUGUUUAAAGAAAGAAGUAAGAACUUUAAAAUAUAUUUUAAUUUUUUUCCUCCCUUAAUUCCAGGAUUAUUUAGACAGUUAUAUGAAAGUACUCGAUUGCCAUUUACUCCUCCGUACGGAGGCCUUCCGGUUAAGUUUCGGACGUACAUCGGGGAGCCAAUUCCUUAUGAUCCAAAUAUAACUACAGAGGAAUUAGUUGAAAAGACAAAGACUGCUGUCCAGGCUCUCAUAAGCAAGCACCAAAGAAUCCCAGGCAGCAUAUGGAAGGCUUUACUGGAGCGAUUUGAUAAACGCUGUAAAAGUGAUUAG